AUGUCUGCUGAAAAGAACUCCAUUGGAGGGAGAAUCCGAGUCUUCUUUCUGGGCGACGAGGCAAAGACUAAGGAGGAGAGGAAGCUCGUGCAGAAGAUCGAUCGCGCUGCUUUUGCAAAUGCAUAUGUAGCCGGGCUUCGCGAAUCCCUGGACAUGAGGGGUCAUGAUUAUAAUACCGUCCUUUCCGUCACGACUGCUGGAAUGGCCAUCGGCCAGAUUCCGCACGGACUGAUUAUACAAAAGAUCAAGCCGCGCAUCUGGCUUCCGUCCAUGGUCGUCGUCUGGACUGCUUUGACGAUGGUUAGUGCAGCAUGCAAGACAGUAACCCAGCUUUGCGUCGUCCGUUUCUUCCUCGGCGUUGCAGAGGCCAGCACAUAUGCCGGAACGAUCUACAUAAUCGGCUCGUGGUACAAGCCCAAGGAGAUAUCGAAACGGACGGCCAUAUUCACGGCCUCUGGCCAGGUCGGCACUAUGUUUGCCGGCGUCAUGAUGACGGCCAUCUACAAGGGUAUGGGUGGAUUGGGUGGCCUUGAGGGCUGGCAGUGGGUGUUUCUGAUUGACGGAAUCAUCACGCUCCCCAUUGCGCUGUUCGGGUUCUUCUAUUUUCCUGACAUCCCGGAGAACACCACGGCGGACUACCUGAAUGAAUCCGAGAGGAAGAUGGCCGUUACCCGACUUCCUCCCAUUAAGGAAGGGGGACACAGCAUUAGCCCCUUUUCACUUAUGAAGCGCUUGUUCCUCCAACCCAUGUUUUGGAUCUUAGUAUUCUGGUCCCCAGUCUGCGCCACCCUCGAAGCCUACUCCGUCCAAAACAACUUCCUCAUCUGGCUCAAAUACCAGUCUUCACACUUCUCCCAGAGUCAGAUAAACACGUACCCUCUCGGUGUGCAGGCAGUUGGUAUCGCAUCCAACAUGUUGGCCGCCUGGCACAUGGACGCCACCGGGACCCGCGUGCCCAUGGCCGUUGCGGCUGUGAUGUUGCAGCUGAUUUGCGCCAUCAUGCUUCUAGUCCCAACGCUGCCGUUUGCCGGGACUUUCUUCGCGUUUUACCUGUCCGGGACCGCGUACAUGGUUAACCCGCUGAUCUUUGGCUGGGCGAGCAUAAUCCUCCAGCGCACUGGGGACGACGCGGUCCGCAGCGUCACGGUCUACUGCAUGAACGUCCUUUCCCUGACGCUGUACACAUUCUGGGGGAUAGUGUUCUAUGCAGCUGAUGAGGCGCCGUACUGGAGGAAGGGUGGCAUUGUCAUGAUUGUGUGUUGCUGCGUCAUGCUGGGCUACGUGUGGGUUGUGUGGAAGCUCGAUAAGCACACUAUUGAAAAAUAUCGAAAUCACACCGUCCAAGAGACUCAGAUGUCAUCUACAAGCCUGCGAGAAAAUGUUGGCAGUGAAACGGCGGACAGAGAAGAAGAAACCAAGCAUCCUGGGUCCGAGAAGGUUAUCUCCAUCUAA